CCUAUUUAAAACCACACAAGUUCCUCCUUACCUGUAAUCUCUCUACCUCUAUUUCUUCUCCAUUCUUCUUAUUCAUCUGCAGCAACCUUUUUUUAGGGUUUAUAUUAUUGGUUAGAUAAAGAGAGAGAGAGAGAGAGAUCAUGGGAAUAUAUGGAAUGGUGACAGGGAAAGCAGGAAAGAGUGGAUUUGGCUCAGCUUCAACUGCUGAAGAUGUCACUCACUCCAUUGAUGCUAAUCAUCUCACUGCCAUCAUCACAGGUGGAACAAGUGGGAUUGGAUUGGAGGCAGCAAGAGUGUUAGCAAUGAGAGGAGCUCAUGUCAUCAUUGCUGCAAGAAACCCAAAAGCUGGUAAUGAAUCGAAAGAGAUGAUUCUUCAGAUGAACCCUAAAGCUCGUAUCGAUUAUCUUCAGCUCGAUCUCGCUUCCACCAAAUCAGUCAGAUCCUUCGCCGAUCAAUUCCUUGCCCUUAAUAUCCCUCUCAACAUACUCAUAAACAAUGCAGGUGUUAUGUUUUCUCCUUUCCAGCUUACUGAAGAUGGUAUUGAAUCACAGUUCGCAACAAACCACAUCGGUCAUUUUCUGUUGACGAAUCUGCUUCUGGACAAAAUGAAAAGUAGCGCAAGAGAAAGUGGAACCGAAGGAAGGAUUGUGAAUUUGUCAUCUAUUGCUCAUACUUAUACUUAUCCCGAAGGUAUCAAGUUCCAAAGCAUCAAUGACCCUGAUGGAUAUUCGGACAGAAGGGCUUAUGGACAGUCCAAACUCGCAAACUUGUUGCACUCCAAUGCACUAUCUCGUAAACUACAGGAAGAAGGUGCAAACAUCACAGUAAAUUCGGUACACCCUGGACUUGUCACCACCAAUCUCUUCCGUCACUCCGGUUUCGGAAUGAAGGUCUUCAAGGCUAUGACUUUCCUCUUGUGGAAAAAUAUACCUCAGGGAGCAGCAACGACAUGCUACGUCGCAACUCAUCCUGAUCUCAAAGGCGUCACCGGGAAGUAUUUCGGCGACUGUAACAUCAUCGCUCCGAGCAAAUUCGCUACCGACAAUUCUUUGGCCGAUAAACUUUGGGAUUUCAGUGUCAAACUCAUCGAUUCUCUCUCUCACUAAUAAUGCAUGUACCAACAACUCAAAAUUUAUAUUUCUUAAUAAUGUUGUCACAUUGACAUAUCUUUUUAUAUGUCACCACAUAGUUUUUUUUUAUGGUAUGCAAUAAUUAGAAAACGUUA